AAAAAAUCAAAACAGAAAUAAAAUUCAAAUUUAAAUCUUAACGAUAUAGCUGUGCCACAAACUGACCGCCCAGAGCACGAUGCACGAUGUUGGAGGGCUUGGUGGCUUGGGUUUUGAACAACUACCUUGGGAAAUAUGUGGAGAACUUAAAUACAGAUCAGCUGAGUGUGGCCCUCCUGUCUGGCAAAGUAGAACUGGAAAAUCUGCCGCUCAGAAAAGAUGCUCUCCGUCACCUGGGGCUGCCAGUGGAAAUAAAGGCAGGCUUCAUAGGAAAGGUGCAGCUGCAGGUGCCCGUCAGGCAGAUACGCUCCGCUCCCUGGCUCAUUGCGAUAGAAAAGUUGUAUUUGGUUGCUGCUCCCGUUGACUUGGAUGAGUGGGACAGUGUAGUGGAGGCGAAUAUAGCGCAUGAGCGUAAAAUCGCGCUAUUGGACGCGCUAGAAGCGCAGUGGCGCGCCGAGCACGAGGCUAACGAUGCAGGGUACUACGCCACCUCCUACUCCUCCUGGCUCAGCUAUGGAACAGGACUACUGGCUAAUAUUGUGGAGAAUUUACAGUUGAAACUGAACGAUGUACAUAUACGAUACGAGGAUGCACUCACGUGCGCGCCGCGAUCUUUCGCUUGCGGGCUGGUCGUGGAGUCACUCACGGCAGAGUCAUGUGACUCGGAGUGGCAGCGCGGCUUCACGCUGCUCUCCGAUCCCGAAGGCUGCUCAUUCAAGUUGCUGGAGCUGCAGAAACUGGCCGUGUACUGGGAUCCUAUGCAAGUGCCCAGCGGAAUGUUCUGCCAUUGUACUAUUACGGAGUUGACAGAGCGCAUGUCGCAGACGUGGAAGUGUCAGCACCGGUACCUGGUGCCGCCGGCCUCCGCCCGGGCCAGGGUGCGGCGCGAGCGGACCGAGCAGCCCCUGCGGUCCCGGCUGCGGCCCCGCCUCGCCUGCCACCUCACGCUGGACACCGUGCUGCUCACCCUCACACAGCGGCAGUACAGCGAGGCGGUGGGGUGCUGGCGCGGGCUGGAGGCGGCGGCGCGGGGGCUCGCGCUGGACACCGUGCUGCUCACGCGCGCACACAGGUACUCGCGCCGCCGCCGCGCACCUCACGCGCGCUGGACACCGUGCUAUGCUCACCCCUCACACAGGUACCGCGCCUCGCCUGCUCUACUACCACCGCUGGACACCGUGCUCCUCCACGGUGCCUCACGCGCGCCCGCGCCUCGCCUGCCACCGCGCACGCUGGACACCGCGCUGCUCACCCUCACACAGUACCGCGCCUCCCUACUACCACCGCUAUGUCUUCACACCGGUGCUGCUCACGCGCGCCGCAGGUACCGCGCCGCGCCUGCCACCCGCGCGCUGGACACCGUGCUGCUCACCCUCACACAGGUACCGCGCCUCCCUGCCACGCGCGCGCUGGACACCGUGCCGCUCACCCUCACACAGCGCGCUACCGCGUACCGCUGCCACCUAUGUCUUCACAUCCUCCUCCACGGUGCGGGGCCACGCGCGCCGCUCACGCUGGACACCGUGCUGCUCACCCUCACACAGGUACCGCGCCUCGCCUGCCACUUCACACAUGCUGUGUCCACGGGCGGGGCCACGCGCGCCGCGGUGGGGUGCUGGCGCGCCGCGCACCUGCCGCACCGCGCGCGGCGUCAGUACCGCUACCUCCUCUACUACCACCGCUAUGUCUUCACAUCCUCCUCCACGGUGCGGGGCCACGCGCGCCGCUGGUGGCUCUACGCCGCCGCCGCGCACCUGCCGCACCGCGCGCUCACAUGUCAGUACCGCUACCUCCUCUACUACCACCGCUAUGUCUUCACAUCCUCCUCCACGGUGCGGGGCCACGCGCGCCGCUGGUGGCUCUACGCCGCCGCCGCGCACCUGCCGCACCGCGCGCUCACAUGUCAGUACCGCUACCUCCUCUACUACCACCGCUAUGUCUUCACAUCCUCCUCCACGGUGCGGGGCCACGCGCGCCGCUGGUGGCUCUACGCCGCCGCCGCGCACCUGCCGCACCGCGCGCUCACAUGUCAGUACCGCUACCUCCUCUACUACCACCGCUAUGUCUUCACAUCCUCCUCCACGGUGCGGGGCCACGCGCGCCGCUGGUGGCUCUACGCCGCCGCCGCGCACCUGCCGCACCGCGCGCUCACAUGUCAGUACCGCUACCUCCUCUACUACCACCGCUAUGUCUUCACAUCCUCCUCCACGGUGCGGGGCCACGCGCGCCGCUGGUGGCUCUACGCCGCCGCCGCGCACCUGCCGCACCGCGCGCUCACAUGUCAGUACCGCUACCUCCUCUACUACCACCGCUAUGUCUUCACAUCCUCCUCCACGGUGCGGGGCCACGCGCGCCGCUGGUGGCUCUACGCCGCCGCCGCGCACCUGCCGCACCGCGCGCUCACAUGUCAGUACCGCUACCUCCUCUACUACCACCGCUAUGUCUUCACAUCCUCCUCCACGGUGCGGGGCCACGCGCGCCGCUGGUGGCUCUACGCCGCCGCCGCGCACCUGCCGCACCGCGCGCUCACAUGUCAGUACCGCUACCUCCUCUACUACCACCGCUAUGUCUUCACAUCCUCCUCCACGGUGCGGGGCCACGCGCGCCGCUGGUGGCUCUACGCCGCCGCCGCGCACCUGCCGCACCGCGCGCUCACAUGUCAGUACCGCUACCUCCUCUACUACCACCGCUAUGUCUUCACAUCCUCCUCCACGGUGCGGGGCCACGCGCGCCGCUGGUGGCUCUACGCCGCCGCCGCGCACCUGCCGCACCGCGCGCUCACAUGUCAGUACCGCUACCUCCUCUACUACCACCGCUAUGUCUUCACAUCCUCCUCCACGGUGCGGGGCCACGCGCGCCGCUGGUGGCUCUACGCCGCCGCCGCGCACCUGCCGCACCGCGCGCUCACAUGUCAGUACCGCUACCUCCUCUACUACCACCGCUAUGUCUUCACAUCCUCCUCCACGGUGCGGGGCCACGCGCGCCGCUGGUGGCUCUACGCCGCCGCCGCGCACCUGCCGCACCGCGCGCUCACAUGUCAGUACCGCUACCUCCUCUACUACCACCGCUAUGUCUUCACAUCCUCCUCCGCUCACACUACUUCACUAUCCCCUCUACUAGCACCACCGAGAGUCCUCGCAUCGUCCUCCACUCUCAGGACGGCUCCUAAACCUACGUGGGAGUCGUGUCUGGAGGAGGCUCGCAAGACGCGCCAGUACGUGGAUAUAUGUCUCAGCAUGUUGAGCAACCCCACAGCGACCCUGCCCCCGGAUAAGAAGCAGUGUAAAGACGAAUACGAGUGGAAGACUCCGUUGCAUGUACUGAAACCAUUGCGGGAGGUGGCGAUGCGAAAAGUACCCAAACCGACGCCAGUGUCGACCCCAGAGAAGCCGAGUAGCUCGGGCCGCAGCAUGCUGGUGCACUGGUUCCCGCAGUGGUGGGGCUGGUACGGCUCAGCCGCCCCCGAGCCGGCCUCCGCCCCCGCGGACGCUGACGCCCCGGACCCCGUACCGGAACUCGAGGAGGAGAUCCUAGAUGUGAUAGCUGACUCCAUAGAGAACAACACGCUACUCAAGAGAGACACAGUGUUCGGAAAAUUCGAGUUUGUACUGAACAAAGGUAGCUUCUACUUGUGCAAGGACAAGGAUGGUGACAAUGAUGAUGGGGAGGCCGGCGGGCUGGAGCUGCAGUUCCAGCGCGUGAUGGCGAGCGUGGAGUGGCGUCCGCGGGGGGGCUCGCACGCGCUGCACGUGUCGCUGGGCGAGCUGCGCCUGCGGGACCGCCUCACGCCCGCCACGCUCUUCCCCGUGCUGGUCGCGCCGCAGGGCAUGAUCCGCGAGGGUCUGAGCGCAAUGAACACGACAGCGAGCACCAUGUCGUGGUGCCGGGCGCAGGUGACGCCCACCUCCUGGCAGCAGCAGCAUCAACAGCAGCAGCACCAGGACGACACUGCUGAACCUCUCUUCCAACUCUCGUACGAGAAAAAGCCGUUUGGACUUAACUGCGAUUACAAGUUGUGGGUGAAAUCUGGCUCGCUGGAGGUGGUUUGGUGCGCAGAAGCGGCGCGGUGGGCGCGCGAGUUGCUGUGCGCCCCGUGGGCCGCGCCCUCCGCCCGCGACACCACCAAGGCGCGCCUGCUGGGACACUGGAACGACAUCAUGCGCGCGCACAUGGGUGAGCGACGGUCGUGGCAGAUCGAGCUGGACGUGUGGGCGCCGCAGCUGGUGGUGGUGGAGCGGCUGUGCGACCGGGACGCGGCCGUGCUGGCCGUCGACUUCGGCCGCCUGCGGCUGCACAACCACCCGCACGACCUGCCGCCUACCACCACCACCACCGCCACUGCCACAGCCGCCAACACCACCAACGCGGCCGCAGACGACGCUCUCGACGACGAAGAAUUGUUCAUGACGCCGUGCUCGACGCCGCCUGGCAGCUUGCUGUCGCCGGCGUCCCCGCCGCUGGUGCCCUACCAGCACAGCCACGUUCACCACCACCAGCACUCGCUCGACGCCGAACAUCUACAUCACAGCCUUUAUGACAGAUAUAAGAUAGAGUUGAGCGACCUACAGAUAUUGGUGGGACGUACCCGCGACAACUGGAAGUACGCGCACACUAAAAGCACUUCCACGCUGCACCUCCUCGACAGAUUCAGCAUAUCACUGCAGGCGGAGCGGCGCGUGGUGUGGACGAGCGACCCGUCGUACCCGGCGCUGGCGGUGCGCGGCGCGCUGCCCGCGCUGGUGGCGCACCUCGCCGAGCACAAGCUGGCCGCCCUCCGGGCAGUCGGCGCCGCCCUGCACCGGAGCGAGGGUCCGGCAGAGGAGCACCGCGGGGCGGCGGCCGACGACGACGCCAGCAUCAGCUCCGAGACCGAGCGCUCCGACCCCUCCAUGCACCACAACUCCAAGUUGUUCAUCUUGCAGUUCGCGAUCGACCAGAUGUCACUCGAGGUACAGUCGCGGGGCCGCAGCGUGGCCGAGGUGCAGGUGUGCGGGGUGCGGGCUGCUGUGAGCGCUCGUCCUGCGGACGUGUCCCUGUCGCUGUCGGUGCACUCGCUGCUGCUGGUGGACGCGCUGCAGACCUACGGGCCCGACUUCGAGCUGCUCGUCGCCAGCCACAAGCACGUAGGGAUGGAUACGACGUCGGGCAGUAUCCGCGGCUCGGAGCCGACGUCCCCGCAAUCCCCCACCUCCCCCGCGGCCCCCACCUCCCCCGCGUGGCCCGCCCCCGCCUCCCCCGAGGCCCGCUACCCCGCGCCCUCCCCCGCCCCCGUGCACCCCCGCACGCUGCACCACGCGCUGCACUCGCUCACCAACAAUAGCAAAAAAGGAGAAGAAACGGGUCGCACAAGUCCUGGCCUGCACUGGCCGGGCGACUCCACCAGCCCAGGGGGGGGCGCGGGGUGGUGGGGCGCGGGCGGCGGGGAGGGCCCCGGGGGCCCCGCCAGCUGGGCCGCGCCCGGCCUCGUCGACACGGAGGCGCUCAUCGCGGUCGAGCUGUGCCUCGUGAGGGGGGACGAGGAAGAUCUCAGGAUAGCGAACAUACUCUUCAAUAACCUUGAUAUUAUUGCGAAUCAAGAGACAAUAGUGGAGCUGAUCGGAUUUGCGCAGCGUGUUAUGGGCCCUAAGAAACCGAAAACUGAGUCGCGUGCGAGUACCUCCUGCGCACCCCCUGACCCUCACAAGGAGGUCCGCACCGAGAUCACGUUCGACUUCCACCGGCUGGGCGUGCUGCUGCUGCGCGCGGCGGUCCACGACGGGAACCUGGUGGCCAGGAAGAUCGCCACCGCCACCGUGGCGGAGGCCAAGAUACAGGCUACGCUCGACGGGAGCAGCGUGGAGGUGGAGGGCUCGCUGGGCGGCGUGCAGGUGGUGUCUCUGUGCGAGGGCGCCGGCCUGCACUCGCGCGUGCUGUCCGCAGGCCGCGCCCACCCGCCACCACCCUCACCACCCUCACCACUCUCACCACCACGACGUCGCCGGGGAUGACGAGAAGGCGCUGUUCUUCCACGUCACCAGAACGGUCGAGACGACCGAGGAUAGCGACGCGCCGACGUGGUGGUGUUCGCAGCGGUGCAGGCGCACGUGUCGGUGCGCGUGGCGAGCGUGUGGUACACGCACUCAGCGCCGCUGGUGCGCGAGCUGCGGUCGUGUCUCACGGAGUUCAAGCAGUACCUGGCCGACCUGGCGCGCUCCAUCCGCGCCGCCGCCGCUGACAUGGCCAUCGGGCUCGUGCACCCUAGGGGGGAGUCGGUGUACGCGAACCCGAAGCCGUCGCCGUGGUCGGAGGGCGUCCCCCCCGCGCCCCCCGCCGGCCCCGCGCCCCCCGCGCCCCGCCGCCGCACCGUGAGCGCGGGGCUGUCGCGGGACGAGCCCGCAGACCUCAACUCCGACAACAUCGUGCUCAGCGUGAGCGUGGAGGUGGAGUCCCCGGCGGUGGUGGUGCCGCGCGCGGCGGGCGGGGGGGAGGCGUUCGUGGCGCGGCUGGGCCGCAUGAGCCUCGCCAACCGGCCCGGCCCGCCCACACGCGCCCGCUACCACCUGCACCUCAGGGACAUCUCGCUGCUCUCGGUGGACGUGAGCGAGAAGCUGGCGAACGGCUGGGGACAGCAAACAGUGCAGCAGGUGUACGCGGCGGGAGGCUCGCCCGUACUGCACGACACCGCGCUGCGGCUCGCGCUGCACUGCACCGGCCCGGACGACGCCCGGACGCAGUACGAGGUGAGCGGCGCGGUGGUGGGCCCGCUGCAGGUGUCAGCUCGCCGCGAGCAGUACGAGCAGCUGCUGGACACGCUGCGCUGGCUCACCGCGCCCGCAGCAGACACCACCACCAGCUCCACCGCCGCCACCACCACCACCACCGUCGACGGCGCGCACACAUCAUCGCUGUCGGAAUCUGCGGUGCCUACGCUGCAGCUGCACCCCGCGCUUCGCGCCGCCGUCCUCGCCGCCCCUUCACCCUCCUCCUCCCCCGCCCCCGGCCCCGCCCCCGGCCCCGCCCCCGCCACGCCCACAAACGAGUCCACGGCCACAGACCGCGCCCCCUCCCGGGUGGCAUCGCUCGCAGCCUACAAUGCGCUCAGCGUGAAGUUCGAGGUGUCGACGUUCCGCGUGGAGCUGCGCGCGGAGCGGGACGCGGGGGCGGGGGAGCGCGGCCUGGUGCUGCUGGCCUUCGCUGACUUCUCACUGCACUACCGCGCGCUGCAGCCGCACCAGACCAUGCUGCAGGUAUCACUACACUCGAUUACCAUGGAGGAUCUGACUAAGGAGCCAGACUCGAAGCACCGCAUGAUGAUGGUGUCUCACACGCCGCAAGUGCCGCCAAAAGCCGUGUUCGUGUCCAAGUCGUGCCCGGACUUCGCGUGGCAGCAACAGCAGCAGCAGCCGCCGAUGUCCUGCCUGCACCAGACUUCCAGGCUCGCGGGUUCGCUGCCCGGGCAGCUCAACGUGCUCGAUAAGGAGAGUCAGCUGCGAUAUAAGAAGCGCGACAGCGAGUGCGGGCCCACGCCGCCCUGCUCGCCGGAGUGCGGCGCUCCCAAGGGGGGCGCGGGGGGCGCGGGUGGUGCGGGGGGAGCGGGGGGCGCGGGGGGAGCGGGGGGCGCGGGGGGAGCGGAGCCCGACGGCGACGAGUCGCUGAGCGCGGACGACAACUUGGUCUGGGUGUCAGUACACACACGGGACCCGCAACAUCCGCUAUUCGAAGAGAAGUACAACAAGAUAUCGAAAUUGACGAAAGUGGAUUUCAACUGCUUGAACUUGGUGGUGAGCAUCGACAGCUGGGUGACCGUGCUGGACUUCUUCGGCAUAGCUGGAGACGACCUGCCCGAUGACCAGCCCGCGCCCGAGCCGCAGCAUAACGAGGGCGUGUCUGUGUGGGCGGAGGGCGGCAGCACACAGACGGAGGUGUCGGUGCGGUCGCUGGCGGCGGUGCUGGUGCGCGGCGGCGCGGAGACUUGCCGUGCGCUGGUCUCGCGCGUCUCCAUCGAGGCCACGGCGGGGCCCGCGGGGGGAGCGGGGGGAGCGGGGGGCGCGGGGGGCGCGCGCUCCGUCAGGGGGCGGCUGGGGGCACUCAGGGUCACUGACCUGUCGCCCGCCGCCGCGCUGUGGCGAGACCGCUUCACCACGCACGCGCGCCGCGCUCUCUCCUUCCAGUACCACAGAUUGAGUGCCGCGGAAGCUGAGGAAGCAGGAUACGAGACCAGCCUGAGUAUCGAGAUGGGCCCGAUGACGUACGUUCACACCAAGCGGUUCGUGCAGGAGUUACGGGCGUUUGCAAGGGAUUUCAGCCUGCUGCGCAAGGUCAUACUGCAGGCUAGACGGAAGGUGUCUGCGGCGGCGGCGCGGCGCGGGGGGCGGCGGAGGCUGCGCGUGCGCUGCGAGGCGCCGGAGAUCGUGGUGCCGGUGUCGGGGCGGGCGCGCGCCGCGCUGGCCGCGCAGCUGUCCCGGCUGCGGCUCACCAACCGGUUCCUCCCGGCCGGACACCCGCACACCGUCAGCGUGCGCGCAGACCCCCACGCAGAGUGUCCGGAGCUGCUGGAGGUGCAGGCGGUGUCGCUGGAGGGCGUGUCGCUGCGCUGCAGCCCGCGCCGAGCCCGCGGGGCGCCGCUGCUGCACCGCCCCGCCAGCCUCCACCUCCACAUAGAAUACAACCUCUCGCGCACCCAUAACGUGGCGGACAUGAGCAUCGUGGGCACGCUGACGACGCUGUCGUGCUCGCUGCAGCCGCCGCAGUACCGCGUGGUGCGCGGCGUGCUGGCCCACAACCUCGGGGAGGACCUCACCGACCUCGAACCCGCGCACCCCGCGCACCCCGCCCACCAGCCGCGCCCGCCCGCACACCACGAACAGGUGUGGACGACGGUGUCGGUGCGGCUGGAGCUGCAGGACGUGCGCGUGGAGCUGUGCCCGCCCGGGCUGCGGGCUCCGCUCGCCUGCGUCAACUUCAUCAAGUCGCGGCUGCUCGUAGAGACCUACUCCGACCUCGGCCAGGACAUCGACCUCGUCUCGCAGGAGAUAUUGGUGAGCGACACGCGGUACUCGGAGGAGCCUGCCAACCGGCGCGGGAAUGUGUUCAGCCACAUCGUGCAGCCCAUGGCCGAGCAGCGGCACAGCGUGCAGGCAGAAGUGCAUGCCAGAAAGCGUCGCGACUCCUCCGCGUACACUAUACUAGUGAACAAUAUGCGGCUGAUGGCGAUCCUGGAUUGGUGGGAGGCGGCCAAUCAGUUCAUCAUGCAACCCCCAUCACCGCCCGUGGACCCUGACCAACAGCACCUUGAGGAGACAUGUCCGCCGGUGCACGUGGCGCGCGUGGUGCGGGCGGGGCCGGGGGCGGGGCCGGGGGCGGGGCCGGGGGCGGGGCCGGGGGCGGGGGCGGGGGCGGGGGAGGCGCGGCCCGCGGCGGCCCAGUUCGAGCUGAAGCUGAACGUGACCGACUCCCAGCUGGUGCUGGUCGAGGACGCCUCCGUCUGGGACACCAACGCGGUCAUACUCAGGAGCACGACGGUGAUCACGUACCGUCCGUGGGACGCGCGGCGGCCGGUGGUGAUGGAGGUGAACGAGCUGGAGGUGUUCUCGUGCGUGCUGGGGCUCGAGGACGACACCGCGCUCGCCAUCGUCGACCCCGCAGCCCUGCACGUCGCGCUCCACGCCGACCGCGUGCUGCACGUGGCGCUGGGGACUCUGAACCUGCGACUGUCGUACCACGACAUGCGCAUGUUCGCCGCCAUGCUGCAGUCGCUGCCCGAGCAGGCGCGGGCCGCGCUCUCAGGUAAAACUGGCGCAGAAGAGAAAGCGGAAGCGGCCCCGGCGAACAGCCUGCACAUGCGCGCCGGCGUGGGAAUGGGCGCUCCGCCGCCCGCGCCCCCGCCCUCCGCCAUCUGGCCGCUGCGAGCCGUGCAUUUAAGCGCGGAGUGCAUCACUCUGUGCGUGAUCGACGACUGCCUGGACUCUGACGUGCCUCUGCUGGAGGUGUCCCUGGCGGAGCUGCGCGUGGAGCAGGAUCUCCGCAAAGUGGAGGAGAGUCUGGAGGACCCGAUGCUGGUGAGCACGCCGGCGGGCCCCGCGGGCCCCGCUGUCCCCGUGGUCCCCGGGGUCCCCGGGGGCCCCACGGGCCCCGCGGCGUGGGGCGCGGCGGGGGCGGGCGCGGGCCGGCUGGCCGCCGUGCUCAGCAUAGACUACUACAACCGCAUGCUCUCCGGCUGGGAGCCCGCCAUAGAGCCCUGGAGAUUCGAGACAACAUGGGAGUACAAGUUGACGAGCAAGCUGCUGCCGCGCAUAGAGGUGUUGGUGCAGUCUUCGGAGAUGCUCAACAUGAACGUGACGUCAUCGCUUAUAGACCUCUGGCAGCUGGUGCGAGCUAACUGGACUGCAGAUUACUACGCGCCGCAGCCGGCGGCGGGCGCGGACCAGUCCCCGAAGGGCAGCCCGGCGGGGCACCGGCGCCGGUCGCCGUUCGUGCCCUACGCGCUGCGGAAUCACACCGGACACCGGCUCUGGUUCACCACCGUGCUCACCACCUCGCAUCUGUACCCGACGGGCCCCGAGUGGGGCGGGGCGCGCGCGGGCCCCGACGACUCGUGGGUGUCGGUGCGGGGCGGGGACACGGAGCCGUUCUCGUUCGGGGCGCGGCGCGCGCGGGGCCGGGCCCGGGACGCCGCGCUGCCGCGCCUCGCGCUGCGGCUCGACGGCUGGGCCCCGCCCGACCCCGUCUGUGUCGACCGCGUCGGGGUCUACUUCCGCAGCCUCACGCAUCUGAAAACUGGUGCGGAGGCGCGUAUAGUGUUGGAGGUGUCGCUGGAGGGCUCGGCCCGCAAGCUGGUGACGGUGCGGUCGGCGCUGGUGCUGGUCAACAGGCUGCCGCACGCCGUCGACGUGCGCCUCGACCUCGGACACGACCCUGCAGGCGUCGCCACCCCCGCACCCCUCGCACCCCUCGCAGUGCAAUGGAGCGGCGCGAGCGGCGGGCGGUCGGCCCAGGUGGCGGCGGGCGGCACGUGGGCGGCGCCGCUGUCGUGCGCCCCGGCCGCGCUGUGGACGCGGCCCGUGCCGGGGCCCGGGCCCGCCUCGCUGCCGCCGCUCCCCGCACUGUCCGCGCUCCCCGCGCUCCCCGCGCUCCCCGCGCCCAUACACUGGAAAGACGGUGUCGGCCAGCGCGCGCUGCUGCACUACGAGUGUCGAGCGCCGCCAGACCGAGUCUACAGAUUCUGCUGUUCAAUAGUCCGCGAACGUUUCCCACCUGACCGUGGCGCGCCCGUGGUGGGUCACACGUUGACGUUGGUGCCUGCUCUGCGACUCGAGAACCUUUUGCCAUUGGAACUGCAGUACCGCGCCACCAGGGGCUCCGACAGCUCGCCGUACGUAGAAGGCGCACUGCCACCUGGCGGGACCAGGCCUUUCCACGAGGUGAACGUUGAGGAGGGCGUGGAGUUAAGCGUGAAACUGGAAGGCUUCGGAUGGUCGUCUGUGCUGGUGGUGAGCUGGACUGAUGGUAGUGGUGCAGGGGCGGGAACUGGAGGCUCAUUCAGUGCCCGAUUAAAAUUGCGCGACACUCGCUCGCGACGCUUGUACCUCAACGGUAGGGUCUCGCACAGCAAGACUGACGGGAUCAAGGUGUCGAUAUCAGCGGCGUACUGGCUGGUGAACCGCACGGGGCUGCCGCUGGUGUUCCGCGCGGAGGGCGGCGCGCAGGAGGCGGCCGGGCAGUUCGAGGAGCACGAGGUGGCGCGCAUGGUGGCGCCGCUCAUGUUCUCCUUCGCGGAGGCCGACGGCGGGCCCACGCUGGCCGUGCGGCUGGGGCGAGCGCGCGCACUCAACCCGCAGUGGUGCUCGCCGUUCGGACUGGGCCCGGGCGUGGCUGUGAAGCGUCUGACGUCGCGCGGGUCUGCGGGGGCCGGGCCCGGGGGCGGCGGGGGCGGGGAGCGCGAGUUCGCGGUGGGCGUGCGCGUGCGCGCGGGGCGGGGCCGCUACCGUCACACCAACAUCGUGACGCUGACGCCGCGCUACCAGCUGCACAACAACACCUCGCACCACCUGCAGUUCGCGCAGAAGUGCACCGCCACCACCCUGUGGGACCCUGGCGCGAUGGCGACGCACGUGUCUGCGGUGGCGGGCUGCUACCUGCCGUGGCACUGGGCGCGUGCGGACCGCGAGCGACUGCUGUGCGUGCGGCUGCUGGCCCCGCCCCCGUCCGCGGCCUGGUCCGGCGGGUUCCGUAUCGAUACGCCGCGCUCGCUGCACAUCGCCUGCAGGCUGAGCAGCGGCGCGUACCAGAUGGUGCGCGUGGAGGUGGUGGUGCAGGGCGCCAGCAUGUUCGUGGUGCUCACGGACGCAGACAGUGCGCCGCCGCCGCUCCGGAUCGACAACUACUCGCCGGUCUCACUCAUGUUCCACCAGGUGGGCAGCGCGGAGGAGGCGGCGGUGGGCGCGCACGCGUCGGCGCGGUGGGCGCUGCCGGAGCCCGAGGGGGCGGCGGCGCUGACGCUGCGCGCGCCCGGCGGACAGCGCGCCACCCUGCCCCUCGCCGCGCUCCCCGCCGCCGCGCACCUCCUCUACCAGAACUUCGUGUACGUCGCCUUCGCCGCCACCCUGCCGCCGCGCACGCCCCGGAGUAGUGAGCCGACGUCCGACGAGGGCGUGCUCGUGCUAGAAGUACCGUUUGGUACUACGAGAGUCGUGCUCGGCAGGAAGAAAUAUGGAGACAGAUGCCAGCUGUGGCGGCGCGGGCCCAACGACCAGCUGAUCCACGAGGGCAGCUCCCCGCCGCAGCCCACCGACGCGCUGCACUCCGACCAGGAGGCGCUCCCAUCUCAUGCCAUGGUGCUGGACAUCGCGGAGGCGGCGCCGCGUCCGGGCGUGGCGUCGGCGCUGGCGCUGCGGCGGGCCGACCCGCGCCGCAGCAGCACGCAGCGCUGGCGGCUGCGCGACGGCCGCAUGGGCUGCGUGCACGCCAACCUCUGCCUGCAGCCCGCCGGCGCCGGCCUCAUGGCGCUCGCGCCCGGUAACCGCGUGGUGCUGGGCCUGAUCGGGGGCGGGCGCGGGGGCGGCGGGGGCGCGUGCCCGGCCGAGCAGGCGGUGGUGUGGCAGACGCUGCGGCCGGGCUCGGGCCGCCUCAAAGUGGAGCUGCAGGCCGACGGACCCACGCGCGUGCUGCGCAUCUGCGACCACCACGCGCCGGGGUCCGGCUGGAUCGAGAACGAGGAGGAGGGUCCUGCGGGGCGCGGCGGGGGCGGCGCGUGCGCGGGGGGCGGGCGCGAGUGGGCGGUGAGCGUGCGGGCGGCGGGGCUGGCGGUGUCGGUGGUGGGCCGCGCGCCGGCCGGGGAGCUGGUGCACGCGGUCUCGACCGGCCUGCUGCUGGACCUCGCGCUCGCCGACCACCUCUCGCUGGAGCUGCUCGUGCGGGACAUGCAGUGGGACAACCAGCUGCCGGGUACGCAGAGCCCUGUGCUGCUGUACUGUCUGCCGGAGCGGGGCGGGGGCGGGGGCGGGGGCGGCGCGGGGGGCUCCCCGGCGCUGCACGCCUCGCUGGAGGUGCAGCGCGCGCCGGUGCGCCGCUACAACGCCUUCUACUUCCGCCGCCUCGUCGUCAUGCUGCGUCCGCUCGCGGUCAGGCUUGAAGAGAGACUGAUCCUGAUGCUGUGGUCUUGGGCGGGCGUGGAAGAGGAGGAAGGCGCGUGCGAGCAGGCGGACGAGGCCGACUAUGAAACGCGUCGCAUGCUGGACGAGCUCACCGCGCUGCACGCCACCAGAUAUUACUUCGCGCUCAUACAGAUCGUGCCCAGCCAGAUCCGGCUGUCGAUGACGACGGCAAACAAGUUGGAGAGCUCGCUGAGCGCGGUGAAGCGGCGGCUGGGGCUCACGAUGAUCAAGUUCGAGGACGCGGCCGUGGAGCUGGAGCCGUUCAGGCGCACGCACGUGUUCGACACCGCCGGAUACCUCGCGCGGCAGCUGCUGCUGCACUUCAAGGACGAGUUGAAGUGGCAGGCGGCUAAGAUCCUGGGCUCCGUGGACUUCCUGGGCAACCCGCUGGGGUUCGUGGCGGACGUGUCCGAGGGGGUCACGGGGCUGCUGUUCGAGGGGAACGUCGGCGCGCUGUUCAAGAACGUCACCCACGGCAUCUCCAACUCCGCCGCCAAGGUCACAGAGUCGCUGGGCGAUGGGCUGGAGCGCGUGGUGAGCGACGAGGCGCACGAGGAAACCCGGCGGCGCAUACGAAGCGCGGCCGGCGGCGCUCACCUCGCCGCCGGCAUCCGGGGACUCGGCCUCGGCCUGCUCGGUGGUAUGACAUCACUAGUUAAGCACAGUUACGAAGGGGCCACUCAAGAGGGCCUACCGGGAUUCCUGGUCGGCGUGGGGAAGGGCCUCGUAGGUACCGUCACCAAGCCGGUCAUCGGUGUCCUCGACCUGGCUGCAGAGACGGCCUCUGCUUUACGGGACACCAGCAGACGGUCGGACCGGUGGGUGCCGCGGCGCGUGCGGGGCCCGCGGGCGGCGGGGGGCGCGGGCGCGCUGCUGCCGCGGUACUGCGCGGCGCAGGCCACGGGCGCGGCGCUGCUGGCCGCGCUGGCGCCGCCCGCCGCCGCGCCCGAGCACUUCCUCGCGUACCGCAUCGUGCGCGACUCGCCGCACGACAUCCGCGCGCUGCUCUCCGACACCCACCUGCGCAUCAUCACCUGCAAGCACACCGCGCCGCAAGUCGUCAUGGAGACGCAUCUCAGCAACCUGGUGUCGUGCUCGGCGGUGACGGUGGACGGGGCGCACUUGGUGGAGCUGGGCGUGCGCGGGGGCGCGGAGGCGGCGGGAGCGGGGGGCGCGGGGGGCGCGGAGGGCGUGCGGCGGCCGCGCGUGCAGUGCGACAGCGCGGAGCUGGCCGCGUGGGUGGCGCGCCACGCCGCAUACGCGCGGCAGCUGUACCACGAGCACCGCCACACGCUGCUACCGCACGCCGACCUGUAGCCGAAGCACCGGCCCGCGGUACACCACGAGUCUCUAAACACAAUCCAAUGACAGUAAUAAUUGGUCCUUCGAGACCGGAUUACAUUACGAGUUAAC